GGCUCUCCGCGCCGCCUGGGGCUCCUGGGCAGCCCCCUGCCUCCGGGCGCGCCCCUCCCUGGGCCGGGCUCGGGCUCCGCCUGCGGCCAGCGCUCCUCCGCUGUGCACAAGCGCUACCGCCGCCUGCAGAACUGGGUCUACAACGUGCUGGAGCGGCCCCGCGGCUGGGCCUUCAUCUACCACGUCUUCAUAUUUUUGCUGGUCUUCAGUUGCCUGGUGCUAUCCGUGCUGUCUACUAUUCAAGAGCACCAGGAACUUGCCAAUGAGUGUCUCCUCAUCUUGGAAUUCGUGAUGAUCGUGGUCUUUGGCUUGGAGUACAUCAUUCGCGUCUGGUCGGCUGGCUGCUGCUGCCGCUACCGAGGAUGGCAAGGCCGCUUCCGCUUCGCCAGGAAACCCUUCUGUGUCAUCGACUUCAUCGUGUUCGUGGCCUCGGUGGCCGUGAUCGCGGCGGGCACACAGGGCAACAUCUUUGCCACGUCUGCGUUGCGCAGCAUGCGCUUCCUGCAGAUCCUGCGCAUGGUGCGCAUGGACCGCCGCGGGGGCACCUGGAAGUUGCUGGGCUCCGUGGUCUACGCGCACAGUAAGGAGCUGAUCACCGCCUGGUACAUUGGGUUCCUGGUGCUCAUCUUCGCCUCCUUCCUUGUCUACCUGGCUGAGAAGGACGCCAACUCUGACUUCUCCUCCUAUGCUGACUCGCUCUGGUGGGGGACGAUUACGCUGACGACCAUUGGCUAUGGCGACAAGACGCCACAUACAUGGCUGGGCAGGGUUCUGGCUGCUGGCUUCGCCUUGCUGGGCAUCUCCUUCUUUGCCCUGCCUGCUGGCAUCCUGGGCUCAGGCUUUGCUUUGAAGGUCCAGGAGCAGCAUAGACAGAAGCACUUUGAGAAGCGGAGGAUGCCAGCAGCCAACCUCAUCCAGGCUGCAUGGCGCCUGUACUCCACAGACACAAGCCGGGCCUACUUGACAGCCACCUGGUACUACUAUGAUAGUAUCCUUCCAUCUUUCAGAGAGCUGGCCCUCUUGUUUGAGCACGUACAACGGGCCCGCAAUGGGGGCCUACGGCCCCUGGAGGUGCGGCGGGCGCCAGUACCUGAUGGAGCGCCCUCCCGCUACCCGCCCGUUGCCACCUGCCACCGGCCAGGCAGUGCUUCCUUCUGCCCUGGGGAAAGCAGCCGGAUGGGCAUCAAAGACCGCAUCCGCAUGAGCAGCUCUCAAAGACGGACAGGUCCUUCCAAGCAGCACCUGGCACCUCCACCAAUGCCCACCUCCCCGAGCAGUGAGCAGGUGGGUGAGGCCUCCAGCCCUAGCAAGGUGCAGAAAAGCUGGAGCUUCAAUGACCGCACCCGCUUCCGGGCCUCUCUGAGACUCAAGCCCCGCAGCUCUGCUGAGGAGGGCCCCCCAGAGGAAGUAGCUGAGGAGAAGAGCUACCAGUGUGAGCUCACGGUAGAUGAUGUCAUGCCCGCUGUGAAGACAGUCAUCCGUUCUGUCAGGAUUCUGAAGUUCCUGGUAGCCAAAAGGAAAUUCAAGGAGACACUGCGACCAUAUGAUGUGAAGGAUGUCAUUGAACAGUAUUCAGCUGGGCACCUGGAUAUGCUGGGCCGGAUCAAGAGCCUGCAAACUCGGGUGGACCAAAUUGUGGGUCGAGGGCUCGGGGACCGGAAGACUCGGGAGAAGGGCGACAAGGGGCUUUCCGACACGGAGGUGGUGGAUGAAAUCAGCAUGAUGGGACGCGUGGUCAAGGUGGAGAAGCAGGUGCAGUCCAUUGAGCACAAACUGGACCUGCUGCUGGGCUUCUACUCGCGCUGCCUACGCUCUGGCACCUCGGCCAGCCUGGGCACCGUGCAAGUGCCGCUCUUCGACCCCGACAUCACCUCCGACUACCACAGUCCUGUGGAUCACGAAGACAUCUCUGUCUCGGCACAGACGCUCAGCAUCUCCCGCUCGGUCAGCACCAACAUGGACUGAGGGACUUCUCGGGCCGGACAGCCUCGGUCAGCCCCUCGGCCUGCGGGUCGGACUCGCUCCCUUAGGCCUAUGGACUUCUCUCUUACUUGAACUCACUCCCGGGCCGGGAGAGAGGCCACACGCAGUAUUGAGCUGUCGGGGUCGGCGAGAUACCCACUGCGAGUACCAGCGCCCCCGGAGCGUUAGAUGCCAGGCCACGUAGAGGGCAGCAGCCACGGCAACCCGGCGGCCCCUGGGCGCCCCCAGGACCCUGCUCACUCCAUCAAGGCUCAAUGUGGUCCGCCAGGCAGGGACCGGAAUGGGAGCAGGGCGCUGGGGCUCUGGGCUCUGACCCAGCUUCCAGCUAUGCAAGGUGAGGUCUCUGGCCCACCCUUCCAGCAGAGCAGGGAAGCCCUCCUGCCAAGUCCCACCCCGCUUGGGGAUGGGCCCAAGGUGCCCCCACAGUUACCCACAAAGCACACGACGACCCUGCCACAAGGCAGAUGGGCACCAUAUAUGCAAACUAUGUUAAAUAUGCAACUUUGGGGACCCCCAUGGGGUCCCUCUGCCCUUCCCCACUGGGAGAUGGGCCCCCAGCAGUAGCUGGUCUCAGGCUGCUUGGCCAUGCCCCUCCUCCACUCUUUGGCUUAUCAUCCAUACUCACCCAGCAUGGGGCCUGGUUCUUCCUGUCCCCCUCCCCCCAAGGGCCUUACCUGGGCCUUUCUUCCCAUCUACAGGUGUCAUCCCGGGGAGCUCCCUCUUCCUGCUGAAUACCCACUCCCCUCUUUGGAUCCAGACACCUUUGACAGUCAGCACAAGUUCUUGUAUUCUCCUCAGACCUAGUGGACAGUGCUCUGUCACUAGAGACACAAGCAUGGCCCUUUUAUUUCACAGCAGAGAGAGCCUCACAUACUGAUGCGCACAACCACAUGCACUUGGAGGUAUGAGCACAAAGCCACUUGCUCUCUCUUGGGCCUCUGCAGCUGAUGCCAGUGGACUGUCCAUGCAGGGAGAUGUCUACCAAGAGGAUUCCCUCCAUUCUGGGCAGGAGUGGGAACUUCAGAGUAACCCAUGGUCCCCACAGGCCCUGCCUCAGAGCUUUACUAGAUCCCCUUCCUUAGGAAGGUCCAGGAGUCCUCUGGCUGCCCCAAGGGCAUAACCCCCCACAACAUAACUCAGGCCUACGCCUCUGGGCCCUGCAUACCCCCUUCCUAGUCCCUUAAACUCCCAGAGAGAACACAAUGCAUCUAGCGCUACACCAGCUGUGCACCUGGAUCUCACCUGCACUGUCCUCUGUCCCACUCUUUCACUUCAGUUGGCAGCACUGCAUAUUGGCAUAAGUGCCCAAAUACUGCAGGCCCCAGCACCAGUUUGGGAUCCCUACUCUUUUGUUACUCUUCUGCAAAGCCAGUGCAGGUGGAGAAGGGCAAAGGGUGGAGGACUAAUGGCAAUCCUCUGGGAGGUGCCAGGGAACAAGGGGCUGAGGCCAAGCUGUCUGCAUCUCAUACUGGGACCUGCAUGCACCAACACCAGGGCUCAAGUUGGAUCUUGCUCAGCCCUAUGGUACCCAGUUUCUGCCAUACCAUGCCCUCUGCAUGUACCAUCAUGCCCUGGAUGGAGCCUAUCCUGGCUCACUUCAUCUGUACUGCACUGUCCCCAAAGAGCCACCUCAUCCCCUCAGAGACAGCUGCAGGGAGGGGCUGGAGAAUAUUACCCUGUGACCAAAGGAGACUUGGGAAGAAGCCCUCCCCCAUCCACAAUUGAGGUUCCCCCACCAACCUGGUUCUCAGAUA